CUAUGACACUAAUUUGUUUACCAAGCAUGCCGAAACUGAAUGCUCAUUGUCUGCUUUGCACUCAGUUUGCAAUUUUGCGACACUCUUUUCUGCAGAACUUUGAACACAGCAGCACUCCAGGCGACGCUUAUAAUCUGCCUCAAGAUAUCAUUACAUAUGAUGGGAAUGACAUUUGGCUUUGGUUUUCCUUGAGGAAAGCUAGGAGAAUAAUUUAAGCAAAAAAAGAGUGCCUAUAGUUUCAAAGAUAGUGUCAAAGACAUCAAAGAUUAUUUAAACAAGCCCAUUAAUAGCUAUAUUAGACAGGUAACAGAUGAAAGUAAUAUAUAAUAUAGACAUUAGUCUUUAAAAUAUCUCAUAAACCAGCCUACAUACAAACAGUAUUUUGAAUUUUUUCACAUGUGUUCCGGAGCAGGGCUAAUUCACAAAACUACUCCGCUGUGGAUACAAAAAUCAAAUAAAACCAUGCACAAAAAGGAUUAUGAUUUCAUCACCCUUGUAAAAAUGUUUAAUCUUAUUUAAAAGGGCAAAUCAAAAUUGAGACAUUUUGUGAAGAUUGCAAACCAUAAAAUGCUGAUACUUUUUAUUUAAUAUUAAUAACAAUAAUCAAAUUUAUAUAUAGGUGCCUUUCACCACACUCAAGGACACCUUACAAGGACUUAAAGAACAAAAUCACAGCACAGAUAAAAUAACAGUAGGAAGACACAAUAAAAAUAACUGUCAAUACAUCAGUCAAUUUGUAAUCUAUUACCUGCAUUUAGUGGGUCACAGUCAUGUUGAGAUCAGUCUCAACAUCAGGCAGGAAGUGGGGAUAAAAACUCUCAAAGGCAAAAACUGAAGUCAUUUCCAGUAUAUUUUAUUUUUAAUUCGUUUUGCAAGUGCAGUCAAAGUCAAAUUCAACUUUUCUCUUAAUUCUGCAAUACGUACAGAAUGUAUGACGAAUUGAAAUGUUUCACGCAACCCAGGGGGUAAAGCUUGAAUAAAUAAAUACAAGACAUCUAUGAUAUUAUAAUAAGUAUCAAGUAUAAAUAUGGGUUGCGUCAGUUAUAUGAAAGCCUAUGUGCUAUAUGUAAAAUUCAAUUUGUGGUUAAAAAAUAUGGAAAACCACCCAAAUCACACGGAAGAUUAUUUGAUUUCAAAAUGGAACAUUCUGCUCUGAUUUUACAACUUUUUUUUUGCCUAAAUUCACUGCAUGUAAAUGAGAAUAUCAGUGGACUAAAUGUCAUAAGAUCCUUGUGCAGAGAGAGAGGGCAGCCCAUGCUUUAGCGAUCUCCAAACAUGCACAGCACAUUGGUCAGCACAGCCCUGCCCUCAGAACCUAACCACCAGAUCAACAAGGGCAAAGCUGUUUUCCCUUUGUCCCCAACUGCAACCUGUUGGCCUUUAACAGAGAAACCUCUGGAACAAGGUGUUUUCUCCAAAGGCUCUCAUCUUCCUUUCUGAUGUCUACUCUUUGGAAUUAAGCAUUUCCUCCAUUCAGCCAUGAUCACUUCACUUUUCUCCAACCUUGGGUUUAUCUACUUGCUUCUGGUGAUCAUUCAUCUGAGCUUGAGCAGUCCUAUCAACCCCGCUGAGAACCAUCACAGGGCAUCACUUGGUAGUGUUGUGGUUGAUAAUCCACUGGUUGAUGCACAGGACUUUCUAAGCCAGUUUCUGUCUACGCUGAACCUCACAAAGCUGAGGCCCCAGACCCGGCAAAUUGCUGCUCACAAAGAGCCGCCAGAGUACAUGCUUGAGCUGUACAACCGAUUUGCUAAUGACCGGACUGCUGUGCCAUCAGCCAACAUUGUGCGCAGCUUCAAUAAUGAAGAUUCAUCCCCCUACGGUAUAACACCCAGGGGUAUAAGGAUAUAUCCCUUGCUGUUUAAUAUCUCCUUGCCUCACCACGAACGAAUAACAUUAGCUGAACUUCGACUUUUCACUUUGGUCUGGAAGGCCCAAAGACCAUCUGCUGGCUUUGAUUGCAAGGUGACAAUCUACAAAAUACAUGAGGGAGUUGUUUGGACUAAAGAGGUGGGGAAAGAAGGAAGAAGGAGGGGUAAAGAGGAGGUGUUGGAGAUGAAGGAUCUGGAGGAACUGGUGACAAAGCAUAUCCAUGCAAAAGAUAAUAGCUGGGUGUCAUUUGAACUGACGCAUGUGGUUACACUCUGGCGGAAGUCAGGGUGUGCAACUCACAGACUCGAGGUUCAUCUUGCAUGUAUGGGGUCAGAGGAUGAAGGGGCCACACAAGAGGCCACAGAGGAGGCAGAAACCUUGGUGGACAUUGACAGGAGCUUGGACGGGAAACAAAAUACAAUAAUGAUUGUGUUCUCAGAUGAUCAGAGCAGAGACCGCAAACAGGACAAACAAGAGCUCAUCCAAAUGAUUAACCACGAGAAUGACCUUCCUGAGAACAUGGGCAGGGGCCAAGAACCCUUCUGGGAGCAUGUUAAUCACAAGAACAGCCAUGCUAAACAGGACGAGCUAAACCAGCAGUCUCUCAUGCGACCGCAGUCCAACCUUAUCUAUGACGCACCUCCUCGAAUCCGUCGCAAUGUUAAGAGCGAGUCAUGCAAAAGAACACCUCUCUUUGUGGAUUUUAAAGACAUUGGCUGGGAUUCAUGGAUCAUCCAACCUCUGGGCUACGAAGCGUACAAGUGCAAUGGCGUAUGCAACCCGCCUAUGACUUCUGAGGUCUCCCCCACCAAACAUGCCAUAGUGCAGACGCUGCUGAGUAUAAAGAAUCCAGAUAGAGCACCGCGUGCCUGCUGUGUACCCACAAAGUUAGAGCCAAUCUCACUACUUUAUCACGAUAAUGGUGCGAUUACUUUCAACCACAAGUAUGAAGGAAUGGUGGUGGCAGAGUGUGGCUGCAGAUAGUCCUCAGAGUAUUACUUAUUACUAAGACUGUGUUGUGAUGGAUCUAAAAGUCAUCAUCUUAGAAACAUCUCUCUAUCUAUCUAUCUAUCU